CGCCGCACGAACUCCGAGUUCGAGUCUGAGGCAGAGCGGGCCGAGCGUAUCAAACGCAACCGCCUCGAGAUAGCGCCCAGCCUAUUAACCCCUGCGGUUUACGAUCGACAGUCCUGGGUAAACCAGAAGCUCACGGAUGUCGUGCGGGAGAUGGCUUGCCAGUCAUCACCGGUGCUAUCCACUCCUGCGGUCAAGGUGCCUCCUGCACGUGCUUUUGGGGUACAGUCCUCGUACUCAGGGGACUACUCCCUUCGGAACUCAAGAUUCCGGAGGUGGGAUGAACCCGUUGCACAGGAGGAGGAUGAAGUCUACGCGGACUACGUGAUCACCACCUUUGAAAUCACGCCGCGGGCAGCCCCAAUCAAAGUGACCGACUACGCCUACAAGCCGUACAAGGGGAAGCGUGG